UCAGGGACUGAUUAGGAUCAUAUCUAACUGAUACCACAAAAAUGUCUGAGAGUGAAAGGACUGAAUAUAUGAGUAGAGUGUUCAAAAAUAUAGGCCUAUAUAAAGAACUGUUAUCGAAGGCAAAGACAAAAAUACACGUUCGCCUCACACCUCCAGGGUCGGGGGUUCAAUUCCCACUGUGGCCCUGUGUGUGCGGAGUUUUCACGUUCUCCCCGUGCUGAAGGGGUUUCCUCCGGGUACUCCGGUUUCCUCCCCCAGUCCAAAGACAUGCAUGGUAGUCUGAUUGGCGUGUCUAAAGUGUCUGUAGUGCAUGAAUGGGUGUGUGAAUGUGUAUGUGAUUGUGCCCUGCAAUGAAUUGGCACCCUGUCCAGGGUGUACCCCGCCUUGUGUGCCCGAUGCUUCCUGGGAUAGGCUCCAGGUUUCCCCGUGACCCUGAAAAGGAUAAGUGGUAUAGAAGAUGGAUGGAUGGAUGGAUGGAGACAAAACCACAAAACUCUAAUGAGAAAGUUGUUUCUCUUACAGGUUGAGGACCAAUAUGUUGUUUAUCUUGAGAUAUUUAGCCCGAAAGGUUUCUUUAAUCAUUUGGAAACUGCGUGCAUCCGAACGUGUGUGCAGUCUAUAAACUUUUUUUUUUAAUCUAGCCUAUAAUGAGUGACUUACAAAGUUGUUGUAUCAAAGGAAUCAUGAGAGGUCAGAGAUGUCAUAUCACUGCAUGUAAAACCAGUGUACCGUUUUACUCUGAUGUAGACUAUUGAGUUAGGCGUUUUUAUUUUUAGGUGCCAACCUGCUUCUUAACUAGUCUUCCACUAGAGGGUACCCUUUACACAAAUCAUAAUUUACCAGCUUGUAGAGUUGUUUUGUUUUUUUUGUUUUUUUUAAUUCUUCACCACAGACACCUGAUACAAUCACCUGCUUUGCGGCUUUAUAAUGAGGAAACAUUAGGGUAGCCUAUAUAUUUUUAUUAAUAUAUUAUUACAUAAUAUAAGCAAUGCAAAGAACUGAAAAACAUUGCCAUUUUUAAAUUGAUGCACAUUAUGAAUUAAUGUAGUAAUUUUAUCUAUCUAUCUAUCUAUCUACCUAUCUAUCUGAAUAUGAAUAAAUUAAUUCAUAUAAUUAUUAUGCAUUUUCUGUGGUCUGUAGACAGCCCUUUUAAGGCAGGUAGCAGUACAGUAUUCUUAGACUUAAUGGGAAUUGCAAGUGGUUUCUUAUUCCAUUUUUUCUUAUUCCACGUACCCUAGAUAGGGUAGGCUAUAAAAUAGGUUUUUAGACCUCAUAUUGAUUGACGUUCAUCUUACUUGUCAGUUUUGGCCAUUUUAUCAGCAACCUUGCAGACUUGGAACGAAUCCCAAAGUGCCCUAGAUAAGCUAAUACAUGAAACCUUACGUAGGGUUCUUCUAUGUCCAAUAGAGAGCCGUUAGGACUUCAGCCAAUGACAGAGUGAAGUGCGCAAGGAGAGCUGAGUUGAGCGCGAGGUUUGCGUUAGAGUUUCUGUGCGUCUCGCGCAACGUAGUUGUGUGUUACUCACGCCACAGUCGCGUGCGUCUCAUCCGUGUCAUGUCUCCCCGAUUUGGGCACGCGAAUGCGCUCGACUGGGUGAAAGAGGGACGGGACGGUGCUGACUAAAGACUGCUCGUGUGUGUUUAUUUGUUUGUUUGUUUUCGGGGUGGCGCCGUUAUGGAAAUGAGCGUGCGCAACUCGCUUUCUGACAGCAAAGCGGACGGGCUCGGAAGCCGCAACGGUGAUACGACGGACAUCACGGUGUCGCUCUCGCACCCAGGCAAGCGGAUGAGCCCGAUCGAGGGUGGCAGUUUGUACCGCCUUAGAGACAGAAAAUUCCUGCUCGAGGACAAGAGGCGCCUUUGCGCGUGCGCGCUCGGAGCCGCUCUCCUCGGCAUUCUGCUCAUGAUGCUGCACGCCGAGCUCUGUCCCGCCGUUUACCUGCCGGGCUCCAUCUAUGCCCUCUGUAUAAACUGCCUCAUCAGCUUCUCAACCGGCUGUCUGCUCAUCUUUAUCAUUGCCUUCCAUUAUAAAGACAUCCGGCUCUUCAUCAUAGACCACAACCAGGUGGACUGGCGUAUUGCCAUGACCACCAACCGUGUGCUUUGCAUUUCUCUGGAGCUAUUGGUCUGCGCCCUGCACCCAGUGGGCAUCUACUUUGGCCCCUUGACUUCAGUGACAAACUCUUCUUCCUCCUCCACUCUCCCCCAAGUUUCGAUGCCGCUGUGCCUCUGCAGUAGUCCCAUGGAGACAUGGCUUGAGUUGGAGCUACUGCUAUCAGCACUGAUGUUCUUGCGCCUGUACCUUGUGCAUCGGGCAAUUCUGCUUCACAGCAAAGUGCUGCUGAGUGCCUCUUACAGGAGCAUUGGAUCACUCAACAACAUCAACUUCACUUUCCGCUUCGUUCUCAAGGUACUCAUGAACAAGUACCCAGCACGCACGCUCCUGAUUUUUAUCCUGCUCUUCUGGUUUACCUCUGCCUGGAUGCUACGGCUGUGUGAAAGGCAGGCCCAGGUGCAGACGGGUGAUGUGGGUACAGCGCUCUGGCUCAUCGCUAUCACCUUCCUUACAGUAGGUUACGGAGACGUGUCUCCCAUAACCACCUGUGGCAAAGUGGUCUGCCUCUUCGCAGGCGUCAUGGGUGUAGCAUGCACUGCUAUGUUAGUUGCAGUUGUGACAAAGAAGCUGGCACUGAACAAAGGAGAGAAACAUGUUCACUUCUUCAUGAUGGAUAUCCAGAUCUCUAAAGAGAUCCGCAAUGCUGCUGCAAAUGUGCUGAGGGAAUGCUGGCUUCUCCACCGCACCAUACAGGCCAGGGACAAGCACAGCGAGCACAGACGCCACCAGAGAUGCCUGCUGGAGGCUAUCCGUAUAUUUCGUCACCUGCGACUGAAACAGAGAAAACUGAGGGACUACACAAGUGAGAUGGUGGACCUCUCCAAGAUGCAGAUGAUCAUGUGUGACCUGAGUGCCAACUGGAACAACUCAUACCGAGAGCUGGAGCAGCGCAUCAUCUCUAUGGAACAGAAGCUGGAUGAGUUGGGCCAGUCGUUCCAGAGCACAUCCGAGCUGCUGAGCCAAGCACUGCAGCGCCGCCACCUUGUCCACAGGUGACGUGGCAUAUUUCUCCUCCGAAAUACUACAUCGGAGGCUCAGAUCAAAACUGCACAAAGCUACAUGGAUCGGCAUAAACGGAGGACUUACGAUUUGUUUUUCCAUAGACCUCCAGGGCUGCAGUGGCUGCAUGGGAUUCUUUUUUCGCGAACAAAAAGAUCACUUCUCUUGGAUAUGGGAUUAUGACAAAAAUCAAAUGUAUUUAUGACAAUAUUUAUGAGUAUCUAUAUCUGCAACACUGAAAAAAAAACAACAACAACAACAACAGUGAAGGGGUUCAAUGUUUGAUGCUUUGAAGGUUUAGUGAAACUGUGUUCCUAUGUAAAUUCCAUGUUGCUUUAAAAGACAAAGUGAUCUUAAAGCUUUUCAGCCCUCUCCAGCAGGGCCAGUACAGUCCAAUUAUGCCACAAGACUAUGACCAAGAACUGUUUUUAUUUCAUCAGUUAUUAUUAACAGAUUUUGUCCAGCUGUGUUUAUUCUUCAAGAAUGCAUUAUUAAAACUGAGACUAAUUGUUUUAGCUGUUUGAAAUCAUGUGAGUACUUGAAAUCUGUCUGGAUAUCAUGUUUGCUUACCAUUUAAUUCAUUUAAAAUGUUGUAAUGCCACACAUUGAAUUUCCUUCAGUGUACCAUGUUACACCUAUCAUUGACUCAGUUACUAUGGUCAUCUAGGUUUGUGGGCUGAACUCCAAGUAUGGCAUAGAAACAAAUGUAAAAAACUAUCAGCUUCCAAUAUUCUCUGCUAUCAUGGUUUCAAAGUCUAUAUUGGAUUCGAUAUGGUUAGUUCAGGAUGCAGUCUAUAUUUCAGUUUUCAAGGAAAUCUAGUUGCUCCUUCCAGACAAUCCAUGUCAUCCAUUCAAUCCAUAUCUGUUUUAAAAUGAAUAAAAAGCCAA